AGAGAGCUCACUGGAAGGAUCUGUCUAUACUGCCAUCUUGGCCCACCUCCUGACCUACGAUCUUAGUGGAGCAGUGGUGAUUGGUGUAUGCACAGGUUUCUGGUUGCAGCAGGAGGUCACACUCUGUGGAAGACAGGGCCUGACAACCUUCCUCCAAGUUUCUUUGAGAAAGUCUAGGCUCUGUUCUGUAGAGUGCACUGGUUGGUGGGCUCAGCAGCCAUACCAUAGGCACCCAAUUAUUUUAACUGUAAGAACUGGGAGGCACCACUUAUCCAUGGACCCCCUGUCAAGAGUGACUUGGUGGUGUGGGUGGAGCCACCAGUCCUUAGGUCCCUGCUAUGAGUAGGUGAGGUCCCUGUUUAAUAUGCAGAGCAGUGUCAAACAUCAAAAACCGGCCUCUCCACUGCACAGCUGAAACAGUUAUAGUCAAACCUCAAGGACAUUCACCCUUGAAAUAUAUUUACGAGAUCCUUUCUGCUGUACUGGGGCCACCUGGGUCCAUGCAGGGAUGAAAGACAUUCAAAAUCUGUGGACUGCUUGUGCCUGGACAGGAGCUGCUUCUGCUCUAAGUUUUCAGAUUAGGGAAGCCGGCAGAUUAUUUUUCCCCCUUUUGUCAAUUUGUUCCUUCUCCCAGGCCAGGUGAAUGGCUCAGGGAGUGCAGCAGGAUGUAACUCAGGCCCAGGGAAAUCAACUGUCGCUGAAGCUGGCUGGGGCAAAGGGAGGAGGGAUCAGAUAGAUGGGGGAGAGUUCUUUCACAAGGAGGAGCUAUUAGAUCUGCACUGUAAAUUAGACAAAAUCACUUAUCUUGUUCCGAGAGUGCUCUUAUAUCUCAGAUUCCGAAGGCGUACAUGGGUUCUACAUGCUGACUUAGACCCCCAGGGGUCUUGCUAGGGAAUUGGGGCUGCACCCCACAGAGUCAGGUCCGACAACUUCUUGCUGCUUCUGCACUGUCUCUCCCUCCCCUUGUCACUCAGUCUGAUUUCUUAACUUUGCCUUUGAUAGUCAGGGUUCCUAGCUUGUCAUAUAUAUAAUUGAAUCACUUGUUUUGGGGGGUCUUUGUUGUAAGAGGGGCCACUGGAGGCAUCGGGCUCCUCUGCCACCUUGGCCAUGCCUACUCUCUGAGCCCAGGUAUAUCUUAUUAUGUUUUAUCUAUUAUUGCACAUAUUUGAAGUGAAUGGAGUUAAGAUGGUAACGGGUAACACUACAAUGCCAAUUUGUCUCAAGUUGAUUUUAAUAUAUCAAAUAACCAUAGAUUAAAUUUCUUUACCUAUAGAAAUAGUGGUAAAAUAAGUUCAUAAACACAUGAAAAUAUUGAAUUAAAAAAACGACAAGUUUCUAAGUGAAUAUUCACUUAAAACACAAUCUUCAUCUGUUAAAUUUUGGUUAAAAUCUAACAAAAUUUACUGAAUAUGGAUAAACCACAUUUUUAAUGUUGUUCCUGUCACAUUAUAAUUUCUCACAACUCUAUUAAAAAUCAAAAGCCCUGAUUUCAACCCACGUCCUCCCAAUAUAAAGAAAAAUGUAUGUUAAACUAAUGUAAGGAAGUUGGAAAAGGUGGUUAUAGAAUUCUAAAUAGGGAGUAACAGAUCUAGAUCUGCUUAUAUUGAUCAGGGGCAAAACUGAUCAGGGGAUAGGUUAGAAUAUCCUUUUAAAAUACACAAAAGAUAGGCUAAGUUUCAGGAAACAGUCAUUAUUCUUAGAAGAAACACUCCUGAGUUUGCAUUUCUACAUUAUAUUAGCUAUAUUUAUAUAUUUUCAUAUUCACGCAUAUAAAAAAAAACUGUACUUAACCAAAACCAAACCAAACCCACUGCCAUCGAGUCGAUUCCGACUCAUACACACCUAAUAUUGAAUUUGGUUUUCCUGAUACCGUUGAUUAGAUAGAGAUGUCCUUUGUUGUACGUAAGAAGAAAAGAUCGGAAUCCAAUUGGAAAAUGAUGAUGGGUCCGCCUAUACAAUGUAUGUGACAUGGAGGUGAGCACAACAGGUGCAGCGAAGUGAAUGGCAUGAAGCUGGUCUCAUAGGAAAUCAACAAUCCUGAACUCCACCUUCUAAAGUCUUGGUCUUCUAGGAUUUUUACUGCCUUGCAAUCAGAAUGACAAUAAAUGUGUUGGGCUAAUGAGGAGCUUUGGAUAUUGAGCCUCCAGGGAUAGAGAGACUCCAAACAGGCUGCCUGGAACAUCUCACUUUAGAGUUCUUCCCCUGUAAGGACACAUGACCCUCUUCUCAGAGAUGACCCUUUUUGCCCAGGAGUCUAGUGCUUCACUCAGACUCUCUGUCCUUCCUGAGGACAUAUCUUCUGUCUUCUGCAUCCAGAGCAGAUGUCAGGUAUCAUUCCUCAGCCAGCCAGGUAACCUAAAGUCCCCUAGUUAAUAUUUGGAAAGUUAGUGUUUGAAAAGGGCAUCCAGGAGAAUGAUGCAUGUGAAGAGAGUACAUGCAGGAAAUGACUGAAACCAAGUCUUCCAUGGGAAUCUUGCUUGUCUGUCUUUUACUUGCCAGGUUUUCUUAGAACUUUGCACCAAUAUCAAAGAGUUCUCAUUCUGCUAGUCUCUUGCUCUGUCUCUACAACUGCAAGGAUGAUUUUCCUGUUGAGCGGAACCCUAACCUUUGUCAAACAAGAUGACCGUUACAAAAUUUUCUGACAUUUACUUGCGAUCUUGUGGUGGUAAUGGCAGAGGAGGGUUUGUCAGCUCCAUCUUAUCUUCCUGGUUCUUAGUACAUGUUUGUAUUAUCUCCAUUGCCCUUUCUGAUCUUUGGGGAAGGAGAUGGAGACCCAGAUUGACUCAUCAGGCUGCCUUCUAAGUCUAUUUCUAUUUAUAAAAUUACUAAAUAUUUUAAAUGAUCAUAAAAGCACGGAUAGUGUAAUAAGAAAAUAACCAUUCCCACCCCUUUCCAGAAGAAAUUAAUGUUGACAUUCUGCUAGAUUAGCUUCAGGUCUUUUUUUUUUUAAUUUUUUUUGAAUAACCAAAUAAUAUGCAUACAGAAUUUACCACUUUUGUAUCCCCCUCCAUUCCUCUUCUUCCUUCCCCAAGAUAAUGUUUGCCUCUCGUGAUGCUGCUACUGCUGCUGUUGGUCCAGUGACCACACAUUUGAUUGUCUUGUCACCCAGUCAUCCCAUCAGAUUCAUCAACAAUAUGGAACCCAGGAACCAAACAAGUGUUUCAAAAUUUCUUCUCCUGGGACUGACAGAAGAUCCAGAACUGCAGCUUCUCCUCUUUAGCCUAUUCCUGGCCGUGUACAUGGUCACUGUCCUUGGAAAUCUGCUCAUUGUCCUUACUGUCAGCUCUGACUCCUACCUGCACACUCCCAUGUACUUCUUUGUCUCCAAUCUGUCCAUUACUGACAUCUGUUUAAGUACAACUACCAUCCCAAAGACGCUGGUGAAUAUCAAGAUGCAGAAUCAGAGCAUCACUUAUACAGGCUGCCUCAAUCAGAUUUUCUUUGUCCAGGUUUUUUGUGGUUUUGAAAAUUUUCUUCUUGCAGCUAUGGCCUAUGAUCGCCAUGUGGUCAUUUGUCACCCACUGAAGUACACAGUCGUCAUGAACCCCUGCUUCUGCAGCCUGCUAGUUCUACUUUCUUUGUUCAUCAGUAUGGUGGAUGCACUGCUCCACAGUCUGAUGGUUUUGCAGCUGUCCUUUUGCACAGAUCUUGAAAUCCCUCAGUUCUUCUGUGAACUUCCUCAGGUCCUCAAGCUCGCCUGCUCCAGUACCCUCAUCAAUAACAUCCUGAUAUAUUUUGUGGCUUGCAUAUUGGGUGGUGUUCCUCUCUCUGGGAUCAUAUUCUCUUACACUCGAAUUAUCUCCUCUGUUUUAAGAAUGCCAUCAGCUGAUGGAAAGCAUAAAGCUUUUUCCACCUGUGGGUCUCACCUCUCUGUUGUUUCUUUAUUUUAUGGGACAUCUGUUGGUGUGUACCUCAGUUCUGCAUUUGCACUCUCUCCCAAGAAGACUGCAGUAGCCUCAGUGAUGUACAUUGUGAUCCCUCAAAUGAUGAAUCCUUUUAUCUACAGCCUAAGGAACAGGGACAUAAAAGGAAGCUUGAGAAAACUCAUUGGUAGGAUGCCUUCUAUUUAGUGAUGUGUCAUCUGUGCCAAUUCACUAAUUAUACUAAGACCUAUCACUGAUAAACUCUCCCUGCUAGUCAGCAUCAGCAUCAACAGCACAUAGUUUCAUCAUCUACAAAAUGGUAAUUAUAUUUUCUCAGGGGUUUUAGAUGAUUGUAAAAUAUUUGAACAUCACCAGUGAAAAAGACUUUGGUGCUAAUAAUUAAAAGAAUCUCAGGCACUAAUAUGCUCAAAAAAUGAAAAGGGCUAUCUUUCAUUAGAAAGACUUCAGAGUUAGGGAAUCUACAGGAAUAGGACAGUAGGGCUUCA